ACUCAGUCCUCACCGUCUUCUCUUCAACUCUUCAAUCUUUUUCGCAGUUUUAAAGCUCUAAUAAACGCAGUUGCUACAAUUGGAGUUUCUCUCUCUAGAAAAAUUCCUCUCCUUGUGUUGGAUUGGAGGUAUUUUUGGUAGUAUUUGAACAAAGGCGAUUGCUUUGAGAGAUUGAGUGAGAGCGCUGUUGGAUUUCUAUCUUCUUAUUUUUUUAACCGUUGUUGGUGAGAGAAGAUGAAUGCGGUGGGAAGGCAGAGAUCCGGCGCCGCGGCGGCGGCGCACCAUCAGCGCCAGUACUCCGACCAAUUCAUGGAAGCUUCAUCGAAUGGCCGAUGGUUGCAAUCAGCUGGCCUGCAGCAUUUACAGUCAUCGAAUAAUGCGGCUCCUCCAGUUCAGGACUUUGGAUAUUACAAUGGAGGCGGUCAGGGUUCUAGAAUGUACGGGAGUUUGCAGACGCAGAGGAUGUACAGUGGAGGCGAUUUGUUUGCGGAGCCGUUGACGCCGCCGGUGCAUUCACGGCGGAAGAAUGGCGAUGAUCCAAAUGAGAGUAGCCCGGGGCUGUUAGAUCUGCAUUCGUUCGAUACUGAGCUACUUCCGGAGAUGCCAGUUCCCUCUCUGUAUGAUGCUCCUCCAAUAAAUAAUUUAUCAAGAGGAAGAAGUUUUGAUGAUUCGGACCCAUACUUGGGGAUGAAUAAACAGACUGGCAAAACACGUGGCUUACCUGAUACUAAUGUUCUAAAAAGCAUCACUGCGGACAAUGUGAAGGCUAGCAAUGUUGCAAAGAUUAAAGUAGUGGUAAGGAAAAGACCACUAAAUAAAAGGGAACUGGCAAAGAAUGACGAAGAUAUCAUAGAAACCUCUUCAAACUGUCUUGUUGUCCAUGAGACAAAACUCAAGGUUGACCUGACAGAGUAUCAGGAGAAACAUGAAUUUGUUUUUGAUGCUGUACUAAAUGAAGAAGUGUCAAAUGAUGAGGUAUAUCGUGAAACCGUAGAACCUAUCAUACCCAUAAUUUUCCAACGUACAAAAGCAACUUGCUUCGCUUAUGGCCAAACAGGAAGUGGCAAAACAUAUACCAUGAAACCACUGCCCCUCAGAGCAGUGAGAGAUAUCUUGAGGCUCAUUCAUCACACCUACAGGAACCAAGGGUUUCAAUUGUUUUUCAGCUUCUUUGAGAUAUAUGGAGGAAAACUCUUUGAUCUGCUCAGUGAUAGAAAGAAACUUUGUAUGAGAGAGGAUGGGAAGCAGCAAGUUUGUAUUGUGGGUUUGCAAGAGUAUCGAGUAGUGGAUGUGGAGACAGUUAAGGAGCUCAUUGAGAGAGGAAAUGCGACUAGAAGUACUGGAACCACAGGUGCAAAUGAGGAAUCAUCUCGGUCACAUGCGAUUCUUCAACUUUCUGUUAAGAGGUCUGUGGAUGGAAGUGAAUCUAAACCUGCACGACUUGUUGGUAAACUCUCCUUCAUAGACCUUGCUGGAAGUGAACGUGGGGCAGAUACAACAGACAAUGACAAGCAAACAAGAAUGGAAGGGGCUGAGAUCAACAAAAGUUUGCUUGCACUGAAGGAAUGUAUCAGAGCACUUGACAAUGACCAAGGGCACAUUCCGUUUAGAGGCAGUAAAUUAACCGAAGUUUUACGAGAUUCCUUCGUCGGGAAUUCUCGCACUGUUAUGAUAUCAUGUAUUUCACCAAACUCCGGAUCUUGUGAGCAUACCCUGAACACUUUAAGAUACGCUGAUAGGGUAAAGAGCCUUUCAAGAGGCAACACCAAAAAAGAUGUGAUGUCCUCGACCACAAACCUGAAAGAGUCAAUUGCACAACCUUUGUCGUCAGUCCUUCCACCUGCUACGACUUUUGAGGAUGAUACAGGUGAUUCGUGGCCCGAACAAACUGAUAGGGAAGACUAUGAUGACGAUUUCUAUGAGCAAGAAAAACCAUCUUGGAAGAAAAACUCGAGAGUUGAACUGCACAGCCUCCCGAUUCCUGAAGACAAAAUGAAGAGAGACAAUAUCCAAUCCAAGUGGAAGGAACCUCCUAAAUCAGAAAUAAAAUAUUCAAAUUCAGAUGAUGAUUUGACUGCUUUAUUGAAGGAAGAGGAAGAUCUUGUCCAUGCUCACAGAAAACAGGUGGAGGAGACUAUGGAGAUUGUUAGAGAGGAGAUGAAUCUGUUGGUCGAGGCUGAUCAACCUGGAAACCGGCUAGAUGAUUACAUCUCAAGAUUGAACUCAAUCCUAUCUCAGAAGGCUGCUGGCAUCCUCCAAUUACAAAACCGCUUGGCUCAUUUCCAGAAACGCUUGAAGGAGCACAACAUCCUUGUUUCUUCUGGCUACUAGACUCGAAGGUAUGUCAUGAUACUCAACAUAGUGAGCGGUGCUUCUGCUUGCUUGGGAAAUCGAUACUCUGCUGCAGUCACUCAUGUAGUUCGAUUAUGCAUCAGAAAUUCACCUCCUAAGAUUAGUUGUCUUGUGUCAAAACUCCCGCAUGGCGUUGGUCUUGUAAUGUUUUACAAGCCCUUUGAGCCUUCUGCCCGAUUGGGGGCAGAGAUCUGCCCCGUUUAUAUACAUUCUACAAUCAUUGAUUUGCUCAACAGGCUGCAUUGUAAAGAUUUAUGUAACUCACAAUUUGAUAAUGUCUCCUCGACGGAAAAAAGAGCCGGUUUUAUGUUGAA